CGUUCGGAAAUGGACCGAUGCAGCUGGGCGAACGGCGCUCGUCUGCUGUUCCACCUGUUCGCCGCCGUUAACCUGGCCAACGCCGUUCACCAUGACUACCGAUACGCGCAGUUGCCAGAGUUGGCGGUGACCCUGCGCCUGGAGCCACCGCUGUGGGGCAUGUUUAAGUACAUAAGCUUUCUGGGUGGCCUGGUGCAGUGUGGUUACUAUGCCCUUGCGCUGACCUACGACCUCUGGCGGCUGCCAUCCCUGCGGAACCUGCGUGACUACAUAUUGGCCACCUUUGUCGUCCCACUGGCCCUCACUGCGAGUCUGACCUUUUGGUCGCUUUAUGCAAUCGAUCGAAAUGCGAUAUAUCCGGAUCUGCUGGACUCAAUCUACCCGGAAUGGCUGAACCACGUACUGCACUCCUACAUCGUGGUCUACGCCCUCGUCGAGUUUGUCAGCACUCGCCAUAGAUAUCCGGAUCGCAGUCGGGGAUUCGUUGGAUUGGCUGCCUUCAUGGCCGGAUACCUGGUAUGGUCUAACUACUUCUGGUUCAGGACCGGCAUCUGGGUUUAUCCCUUCCUGGGGGACAUCGACUGGUAUAUCCGCGUCCUCUACUUCGCUCUGAUCAUCGUCGUCGCCUUCGUUUACUAUCUAAUUGGCGAGCACGUCAACCGAGUUCUUUGGGUGCAAACCACCGGCAAUUGAAGGCAUUUUCCGGCCUCAUAAUCAUCACCUACAAUUGGAUAGAAUAUGGUAGCAAAUAGAGUUGCUUUAUUAUUAUUAAUAUCAUAAGUCCAUUUAAACAUCUUUAUGCUAGCCUUAAUCUCGCCGCUUAACAAAAAAUUAUUUAUGUUUAUAUAACAGCAUACAUAAUUGUGAAAUUUUUAAAAAAAUAAUGCAGCUUCAACUUAAUAAGGCUUUAUCAACACAAAUAUUUUGAGUAGACGUAAUUUAAAAUUAAAUGAGCGUGAGAAAAAUA